UCCGUUAGGGUCAGGGUGAUUUCCUGGAAAAAUCAAUCAUCUGUUAAUAAAAUAGAAAUUAUAUUAAAUUUUAUUAUGAAAGUUUUGUAAACACAAUAAUAUUUUUUUUUUUUUUUUUUCGUUUUAUAAUUCCUGUCCAUACUGGUUAAAAAUUAAAACUUAAAGUUUUCUAGUUACACGUAAAUAGUAACUGCGUCUAAAGUAAAUUGUGAAAAAAAAUUUAAUUUACAAACAAUUUUUCCUUGUGUUAUUCCGUAUAAUAAAAUAUCAAAGAUUUAAACUGUUUAAUUAUUUAUUUUUAAUUAUAAGUAAUUAAAAAAUUUAUUUUUUUUUGGUUAGUGUUUCCUUUUUUUUUUAACAUUAUUUAAAUAAUUCAUUGAGAUAAAAAUAAAAAAGCAACUAAAAUAUAAUGAUAAACAUAGAUUAAUUAUAAUAAUAAUUAUGGAUACGAAUGAUAAUGAUUUAGAAGCGAACAAAAAUGGCAAUGAUAAAAAUAAAAGUACUGAAUGUUGUGAUAAUAAUAAAAUAAAUGAAAAUGUAUCAACAACUAUGGAACUUGAAAAUAAAAACGAUGAAAAUUCUUUAGUUGAAGGGACUGUUAUUAAUAAUUUAUCAAUGGACUUUGAUGAUACAACAAUUGAUAAAAAUAAUAUUAGUUGUAAUAAUCACAACAAAAUUGAUGAACGUAAUGAGUGUGAAACAGAAAAUGAACCUUUAGAAAAAAAAUAUAAAAAAUCCAAAAAUAGUAAUUCUAAUAAUAUCAAUGGUUCAUUAGUAACUAAUGACAAUAAUCUACCAGAUAAUAGUAACAAUGAUAAUAAUCUUGUUGAUGAUAUGUCAAAUAAUACUGGAGAUACUUCUAAUAAAAUAUUAAGUGAAACAAAAGAUAAUGAUAAAAGUCUUGAGUCCCCUAAUGUCAAUAAAGAUGAGCCAAGUUGUAGUAAUGUUAAAAUCACAAAACCUAAGUCAGAAUUAAAAAAACGCCACUAUAGAAAAAGUUCUGAUAAUAAUGAAGAUUUGGAUUCAAAGUCUGGUAAAAAAGCACGUGACUCUAAUUCGAGUUCACAAGAAUUAGAUUCCUCGGUUGAUGAUGAGUCACAUGUUCUUGAAUCAGAAAAUUCAAAAAAAAGUGACCACGAUAAAAAUUCUGAUUCUGAUGAUGCCGAUAAUAUGAUAAGUAGCGUAAAAGAUGAUGAUUCAGAUGAAUGGUCAACAGCUAGUGAAGAAGAAGUAGGUUUAGAAAUACCUGAAGUAUUGACUAAAGCAAAACCAAAACCAAAGUGGUUCAUGUUACCAGAGAUGAGAAGUCGUGAGAUUGGUAACAAUAGAUUUUUUAAUCGUAAAUUUUAUGGUUCUUUACGUACUGUACAGCGACUUGAAAUAAUGCACAAGUUAGAUGAGCACGAGGGUUGUGUUAAUGCAUUAAACUUCAACGAAGAUGGAAGUAGAUUAGCUAGUGGUUCUGAUGAUUUAGAAGUUGUCAUUUGGGACUGGGCAGUAGGAAAAAAACGUGGUGUUUUUGAAACUGGUCAUAGUUUAAAUGUUUUUGAAGUUAAAUGGUUACCAAUUGAUUAUGAAUCAUUUAUAGUAACUUGUGCACGCGAUGGCCAAAUUAGAUUACUAGAUUUAAAUACAGGUGUAAAUAAAAAGUUGGCUAGUCAUCGGGAGGAAGCAAGAAGACUUGCAACUCAUUUUGAUCAUCCUUAUAAUGUUUUAUCUGUUGGUGAUGAUGGAAAAAUAUUAUCAAUAGAUAUUCGUGCUGAAAAACCAACUCGAUUGUUAACGGUUAAAGAAGAUGGAUCUCAUACUUUGCUUUAUACUAUUCAUAUAAAUCCACGUGAUAGUAAUUAUUUUUGUGUCGGUGGUCGAUCCCAAAAGGUGAAAAUAUUUGACCGACGAAGAGUUCUUGAACCUGUUCACAAACUGUGCCCAAGAAAUUUGUCUGUAGAUGGACAAUCAGCGUACGUAACAUCAGCAGUGUAUAAUUACAAUGGAACCGAAAUAGUUACUUCCUAUAAUGAUGAUGAUAUUUAUUUAUUUGAUACUGUUUCGCCAAAUCCAACGAGAGAUUACGCUCAUAAAUACGAGGGUCAUCGUAAUAGUGCUACAGUUAAAAGCGUUAAUUUUUUUGGACCAAAAAGUGAAUUCAUUGUAUCCGGUUCUGAUUGCGGAAAUAUUUUCUUUUGGGAUAAAAGUACAGAAGCUAUUGUUCAGUGGAUGCCAGGAGAUGACCAAGGAGUGGUUAAUCGUUUAGAACCACAUCCCUAUGUACCAAUCUUAGCUACAAGUGGUUUAGAUAGUGAUGUUAAAAUUUGGGCUCCUUCUUGUGAACUUGAACCUCCAAUGACUAAUUUAGAUGUUUGCGUUAAAACUAAUAUGAAAACACGUUCUGAUGAUACAACGCGUGAACCAGAUCAAUUUGACUCACGAAUGCUUGCAGUUUUUCUGCGUCAUAUAAGUCGUUACGGCAGAUAUAGUCCUGCGUCACGUGCUCGAAGAUUAGUACACGCUCGUUCAUAUGACGAUAAUUCUGAUUCAUCGAAUAACUCAAGUAGAUCAUUAGACAGUGAUAGUCACUCUGAUGAUGAUGCUAUGGAUGGUCCUCAGUGUACAACCUCGUAAAAUUAUUUUUAUUUUUAAUUAUAAAGUUAUGAGUUAUUUACUCGUGAGUAUAUUUUUUCAAAUCAUAAUAAGAUGUUUGACAUUUUUUUUUCCUUUUGUUUUCUCAUGCAUUUUAUACUUAAAUACUUAUCAUUAUUAAUUAUUCUGUUAAAAGAAAAUAGCCGAUAUAGGCAACGGUAUUUGAAUUAAUCUGAGAAUAGAAAUAAUUGAAUUUCAAAUAUAUAUAUUAUGAUUAUUCAUGUUCCAUAAAUAAAAAAAAAAAAAAUAAUAUUUUCUUUUAGUGAAUGCCAAUACAAAAUAAGUAAUUACUGUUUCUACCAAUUAUAGAAUUACUUAAAGCGUUUAUUUUUUAGUGUAUGUUGAUUAUUAAUUAAAUUUUAAAAAAAUAUAUAUACAUUAAGGGAGGCCCAAAAAAUCCGACUAUUUUUUUUUCGAGUCUCUUAUGAAAAUUUGUUGGCUUACGAUGUUUUAAGAAGCCUCUCCAAAAGUCAGCUCGAUAAAAAAUUUUCAAGAGGUCGCUCACGAAUUUUGAAAAUAUCAAAAAUGAUUGAAAUUUGGAUUUUUUCUUUCUCGUGGCAGCAUUAGUUCAUAUUUGUAAAAUCAUGACUAGGCUGAAAAUUUCAGCCCAAAAUUUUAAUAUUUGAACGGCGCUCAAGAAUUUUGAAUAUUAACUGAUAAUAUUGGACUAAUACUUUGAAUAAGUUUUUGUAUUUGUUUAUAACUCAAUUAUUGUCAUUUCACUAAAAUAUAACUUUUGCAUAACCAAAGAUAUACAGGACAGUCUUAAACAAUGAAAUUUGGUAAGUUUUGUAAAAAGCGAAAAAACCUAAAAAUUGAAUUAAAAAAUAAAAAAGUAUGUAAAUAACUUAUUAUUUCUAUUUCUCAGGUUAUAUUUCCAUUCAUCGUGAUGCAAAUUGGUGGUGAAAAAAUCGAGAAGCUUUAUUCCUAUUCAACAAUUCCCAUAGAAUCCACUCAAAUGCGACAAAAACCACAUAGAAUCCUAUAGACUGUAUUGGUUUCUAUGCGGUUUUUGUCGCAUUUGAUUCGAUUCUCUGGAAAUUUUAGGAUAGGGAUUAUCAAUAUUUAAGGGUCGCUCGAAAACCUUCAAAAGACAGGACUCGGAAACAUUCAAAAUUCUUGAGCGACGUUUAAAUAUUUAAAUUUUGGGCUUAUAUUUUCAGCGUAGUCAUGAUUUCACAAAUAUAAACUAUUAUUGCCACGAGAAACAAAAAAAUUUAGAAAUAAAAAUUCAAAAUUCAAUCAUUUUUGACAUUUUCAAAAUUCGUGAGCGACCUCUUGAAAAUUUUUUAUCGAGCUCAUUUUUGAAGAGGCUUCUUAAAACAUCGUAAACCAACAAAUUUUCAUAAGAGAUUCGAAAAAAAAAAAUAGUUGGUUUUUUUGGGCCACUCUAAUAUACAUAUAUAUACAUUAUUUGCAAGAUUUUGAAUACAUGCUUUAGAAAUAAGAUUAGUUUGUACAAUAAAUUUUUUCCAUUUUCAUUUUUUAUUGUAAGGAAAACAAAAAAAAAAUCGGUCUGUCGGUUGACCCUGCGGGCCAGCUCCAAAACUUCCCGCCUAUUUAGAGCUUCUGUAGCUCGAAAAAUUGUUGUAGAUACAUUUUCGAGCUCUUCGAGUUCUUAAAUACUUUUGUAUGCCUUUGUUUUCGAAAAAAAAAGUUUUUCACCAUUUUUUCUCAAACGAUAUCUCUCGAACGAAUAUACCGAUUGAGACGUUUAAGCUGGCAAUCGACGCAUUUCAUUGAGUUCUACAACUGAUCAGAUUUUGAAAUUGAUUUAUCGAGUCGUUUUUGAGAAAUUUUCAAAAUACUAAAAAGUUUUUUUUUUUUUUAAUUCUUUCGACAACGGUUUCUCUUGAAAGAAUUGACCGAUUUUGAUGUUUAAGGUGGCAUUCGAAGCAGAUUAUGAAGCUUUAGAGCCCAGUUGAUUUUGGAAUCAAUCCAUCGAGAACAUAAAAAGUUAUCCAAAAAAAUCAUUUUUGAAAAACGUUUAUUUUUGGAAUAUCUCUGAACAAGCCGUACCGAUCAAAUUUCAUUUUUUUCAGCUUCAAGAUAUUCGCAAGCCGCGUCGAAUGACACCUUGAUGAUCAAAAUCGGUUCAUCCGUUCAAAAGUUAUAGAUAUUUGCAUACGUACGUACAUACAUACAUACAUACAUACAUACAUACAUACAUACAUACAUACAUACAUACAUACAUACACUCGGCCAUCAUCGUGAAAUUAGUCAGAAUAGCUUCCUAGAACCUCAAAACGUCAAGAUCUCUUAGAAAUUCGAUUUUCGAAAAUCGGACUGAAACCAAUAACUUCCCGAAUUUUUAAAAAUUUGCAAUUUUCUUAGCGGGAAGUUAAAAAAACAAAAAAUAAUAAUAUAUAAAUCGACAUGUAUACAUUUUUGAAAAAAAAAAAAAAA